GAGCGGCGCGACUUAGAUGCACGAGUAUAUGACAACAUGGCGCCACGCUGCCACGCUGAUAAAGAGAGGCGACCCGGCACAUGGGAGAGCCAGCCACCAGUCUUCCCGGAGCACUCACGCCAGACUUUAGUGCAAGUACAUUGAAAUGAACGAUGAAAGAGUUUUCACUGACAACAUUUGUGGUGGCGUUGGUGCUUGUGGAGGGAGACCGUCCAGGUAGUAUCGAGCACCACCAAUCCACUCCACUCCUGAAGAAUACUAGUUGGAAACCUGAAAAACACUAUAUGCAAGACAGGCUGCUUAGGAGCGGGAAGAAUCGCGAUGAGCAGCCACACGGUGGGUCCCGAGGGCGAGUGGCGAGAUCAACGGAGGAUUUAAAGACUAUGUGUGACUGUUUCCGUGGGUUACCGCCGGCCACUACCUGCACCUCUCUUAUCAAGAGAUCUGUGGCAGUCAUUAUCAACGGGACGUGUAGCGGCAACACACAGCUGUUCCGGCUGUUUGAGGAGCAAGACCAGGCCAACCUAACUUUGGCAUCUUCCCCGUUCCUUGGCGCCCCAUGGUGUGAGAACGCGGAGCUGCUUCUGCUGGAGUCAUCAGGGGAGCAGAAAAGCCUGAGUCUCAGGGACGUACCCUCCGUGUGGCUGUGUCCCGACAGCCUUGGCACUUCCCUUCAAGAGCUCGUCAUCACAGAUGUAGACGAGGUCAAGAUCGCUCCUGGAGUUCUCACCCAGAGACUCACGGAUUUCACUUUGAGAGUGGCUGGCACGUUCGGGGAGUUGACUUUCCCUCAAGGAGCUUUGGUGAUAGAAAAUGUAGACAUCACAAUUGUUGAUGAUGUGUCAAAUAACAACAUGGAAAACGUCGUGGGACAUCAUACUCCGCAAAUAAAGGUGAUAAUAGAUAGUGCUAACUAUGUAACGUUUGAAACCAAAAGUGUGUUAGCACCCCGUGUGUUGGUGGAGGUGCAGCACAUAAGGAAAUUGAUAAUAAAAACGCUAGGCGUGAGGGCCGUCCUAGACGCUGUCCUUCAUGUCUCCCUAACAAGAGCCUUAGUUAUGGAAACCCACGCCGCAGUUGUCAACAGGUUGCAAGUGACUGGCGUCUCCGUUUUUAUAUUGAAAGUAGAAUCGUUAAUAAUGAUGACGCCCGGCGACCAUGUCAUCCUGCAGGAUGUAGAGGACAUCAUAGCACAUGAAAAAUCCGUCAUCCUUGGCAAUAAGGCAACACUCGAGCUGUCAAACGUCACUUUCAGGUCUCGUUUUAACCGCGCCUUCUUCGCCCGAAGUCCUCUUGAAUCGGUCAUCCUCAGGGACGUAGUGGCUGACCGCUUUGCGAACUCAUUUUGCCUGGCCACCCACAGCCUCGCGAUGCACAACGUGGUCAUCUCUGGCUGCUUGAGGUUUGUGAAAUGGAUAGGGAGAAAAACCACGAAGGACAGUCCUGUGGCAUUGUGUGAGGUGAGCAGCAUAGAGGAGAUGGCUGACCCUGGCCAAUGUAUCGACCCACGCUGCGGUUUUUGUGCAGAUCUUGAUUCUGGACACACCACGGAGCUGCCCUCCCUCCGCCCUAGCAGUAGCAACGUCUCCACGCCGCGCCCUGCCUCUGUGCACGCAGUAAACAAAGCGGAGGUGAGCGAAGACGCGGAGAGAAACUGGUGGGAGGAACCGAUCUACCUAGGCCUGCUCGUUGCUCUUAUCCUGCUGGCCCUCUUGGUGCUUUCUUGCUGUAUCUGCCAUCUCCACAGGCGCUCCCAGAAAGGUUCCUACGAGCUUACCCAGCAGACGGACAAGCAUGGGACAUUCCAGAGAACAAUCAUCACGCCAGAAAACCUGCAAGACCAGCAUGAGGCUCCACUCCAGGCCCCACAUCACCACCACCACGACCACGGCGCCUCCAGGGAGUUGUUCCUGAGUUAUCGCGCCCUGCAGGACCCUGCCUUGCGUCACCACAACUCCCCGGAUGAUGACCAAAGCUGGGAGUGUGGCAUACCCACGCACGGCCACGGCACAGCGGGGAGGCGGAGUCAUCAACCGGGUUCUAUUUAUCAACAUUCUAGUAUCAUGACGCCUGAGGACAGAAAUUCUCUGAGCUCCUCCUCCUCGAUGAUAAUUUAACCAUAUGUUGCGUCUUCAUGACGCCUGGUUGGACCUAGUAUUGCUACUAUUUUCUCUGUUUUGUUAGUGAACGAGAUGAAGAGCGUACAUCUCUUCAGAUAAUUAAAUGGCGCAAGCUAAAAAAAAAAAAAAAAAAAACGACUGCAGUUCAGAAUCUAGUUGGAAGUCAUCAGGCAUGAUUUUCCACCCCACGUAUGCACCUUUCUUUUCCUGGUGUUCCUUUCUGUUGGUCUUUUGCUUCUUUUGUUUUUUUUUUUCUAUUCGUUCUUUUCUUGCAUUUUCCCAUGUGUUUGUGGCUUUGACAUUAAACCAGAUUCUGUACCGUACGUUAGGAACUAAUGGGAAGGAAAUAGAUAUUUAUAUGUGUUAAACCUGUAAUAAAAAGAAAAAUUUU